AUGACAGAUCAUUUAGCCUUCUUCUUUUUGCAUUUUCUUCUAUGCCAUCUUCACCCAUCUCUUUCAACUUCACAUUGUAAGUUCGUGGAGAAUAAGGUACUUCAGUGGGUUAACAUCAAUAGAACAAUAAGUCAACUAUACCUGAAUAACUGUGAUGUGAAAAAAAUAGAGUUCAAAGACAUCAGUCUGCCGGAGCUGAAGUUACUCAACCUGUCUUAUAAUCAAAUAGAGACUUUACCUGAAGGGUUCCUCUUUUAUACCCAACAAAAUGUAGCCCUGUACUUGGACCACAAUAAACUAAAUGAUCUUCCACAUUCAAUUCUGCAAAACAAUAAACUGCAACUAUGUAGCUUGGAUUGCAUCUCUGCUGUUAUUAAGAACCUUCAUGAGUGGUCUAAUAUUACUACUUGUAAAGACAUUUUUAAAAAUUGUGGAGAUGGGUUAGGAUAUGCGCCUCUCAUUGUACCUCUCCUGCUUGCAAUUCUAGUCCUCUGUGCCCUGGGUUUGGCCUGGUACUGGAAACGUUACCGCUACACAAGCAAUUUUGCCCUGCCAAGAUUUUUGCACAAGAAAAGGGUUCAGCAUGAAUCUGAUCCACAGCAUACACUGUGUACCCCCACUGAAUACACUGGUCCAAAGUGCUUUUCACUGUACCAAAUAAAAGAAGAGCCAUCUCUUUCACCCAGAGAUGGCAGAGACCAGAGCUACGAAAAUGUGGAAACUGGCCCUGUGAACUGUGCAAAGGAAUGUUUAACAGAUCUUUAUGAAAAUACAACCCAAUUCAACUCCGAGGAACAUUUAUAUGGAAAUGAAUCUUCACCUGAAUAUUAUAAUUUCCAGAAUCCUCAUUUUCUCAAUACUCCUUCAGAUGAAGACAUAUAUGUUCUUCCAGAUUAA